AUGGUCAUUUUUGGGAAGUAUGAUAUAGAUUAAACCUUUCACUUAGUUAAUCUGGUUUAUUUUGGACAAAGCUUAGGAUUUUUGAUCCAAUAUCUCAUUAAUAUAGAAGAUCCUUACACUUUAACCACAAUUUUGAUUAUUAUUAAUCUUGUUGUCGUCCACAACAGUUUCAGAAAGUGGUACUUCGAACAUCAGUUCGCCAAUUGCAAAGACGUGUCAAUUCGAGUCUUGCUUUUACAUUGGUUCAGAGAAUUAAACUGUUCAAACGUAUAUUAUAUGGGCAUUAUAAUUAAACAUCAAAAUCAUCCAAACAACAAGAAAUGCUUCUUAAGACAAAAGGCCAUCUAUUACAGCGGUAAGAAAUUUACCAAGUACACUAACGUAACUACCAAAAAGCAUAACAUCUAAAAAUACAAGGGCUUAUUCGUGAAAUUCUAUACCAAAUGCUUGCUUGAAACUUAACUGAAAAUAGAGCCUAACUCAUCUGAAUUAAGAUUAUUAUAUGCAGAAAUCUUAUUCUACAAAUUCAGUUUGAUUAAUGAAUCAUUCAAAUAAAUAUAGAAGAUAAAAUCAAAUUUCAAUUUUAAUUAAUAACUGAGAAUCAUAUAGUUAAAAUUAUCUAUUAAUAAUAAAUUAAAAGACAACAAUUCAUUAAGUUAUAGAUCCAAACUACCUUUUGAGAAUAUGUUGAAAUGUGAAGAAUAAAUGAAGGAUUUUGUUAAAGCUUUUCUAAAAAUAACAGAGUUAUCGAUCUUUUUUUGGAAAGGUUAACUUGGAUUAUUUAUCACCAUUUAAAAUUAAAUUAACAUAAGUUAAGAAAUAUUAAAUGAGAUGUAAGUUUGUCAAUCCAAUUGGAGGAGCAUUCAUUUUACCAAUCCUAUUGAUGAAUAAAAUAUGUUUAUGAGAUUUAGAUGGAGAUUCUUCUACCUGUUUUUUAAACUAUAUAUCCUCCAUAAAAAAUUGAAAGUCCAAGAAUUAAAAGAAUUACCUGAUUAAAUUCUCAAGUCUUAAUAAAUAUUUUAAGAUGAGAAAAUAGAUGAAAGAUCUUCAAGCGAAGAUGAGACUUAAGGAAAAGUCUACUAUUAAACUAAUUGUAUCAUCUCUUCCAAUAACCUAUUCUUUCGUGUUGAUAAAUUUGGAGAAAUCAUUGCCGUUAGUUAAUCAUCAUUAUAACUGUUAGGGAGACACUAGAAUGAAUACAGAGGUGCUAGGGUUGAAAUCUUAAUGCCAGACAUAAUUAAAAUGAAUCAUAAUUACUUCUUAAAAUUAUUCUACAAAACUGGGCAAUCUGAAAAUUUAUAUAAAAGGAGGUCUGUAUUAGUUAAACACAGCAAAGGACAUUGUUUUAAAGCCCAAAAAUACUUAAAAUACCUGUUUAAUUUAGAAUAAAACAGAUUUGAGUAUUUUAGUAUGCUGCGAAAAGUUUCAAGUCGAUCUUAAUACAUAAUCUUGAAUUCAAAAUGGGAGAUGGAUUCAUCUAGUGAAUUUAUUUAUUAAAUUUUCGGUGAAUUUAAACUCCCUUUUCUAUCUUUAUGUCCAAAAGCCAUUUCCUAUACUGAAUUCGCUUAAUACCUUACUACUUACGACAUGAAAAUUUUAAGUUUGAAAUUAUGUUCAUUUGGCAGUAGGGAGAGAAUUCAAGAUAGGAAAUUUACCUUUAGAAGAUAAAACGACUAAACAUUUAGUAACAAAUCAAUACAUGAAUUUACAAGCUUGGUUUUUAAAAGAGAAUUGGAAGAAAAGUAAAAAUAGAAUGUAGUUUAAAUCUUUUAAUAAGUACUUGAAGAAGACAAUGAAAUUGACGGAGCUGCAAAAUUGACUAAAUUAAGCCAUAUUAAAUUAAACAUACGAGUUCCCUUGUACAAGGCUGAAUUUUAGGAAGAUUAUAAUAAAUAUGAUACUUAAAUGAAUAAUAUAUUUUAUAGCGCGGAAAAUUUGAAAAGGCUAAUUUUCAGAAAUGGCAAUGGAAAAAUAAGGGUUGAUAAAUUUGAAUUUAUUUAGAGGUAUAGAUGGGUUAAAGAUUAAAGAAUGAAGUUUAUAUAUUCUAAAAUCAGUAAGUAUUUAAAUUAAAAUAGAAUAUUUAUUUGAACAUUAUUGCUAAGAGUAAGUACUCGAGAAAGUGUUAAAAGUUGAUGCUAAUCUUAAGUUUUAUAAAACUCUUAACAAAACCUCAUUCUACAUAAUUAAGAUAAAUCGUUUGGAACUCUAUGAUGAAACCACAAAUAACAAUGAAAAAUAGGACAUGUAAUUCAUAAAUACAAAUUCCUUCAAACCCUAUACUUCAGCCCUUGUUCAAGAAGUUGUUUUGGCUACUUAAUCAGAAGCCUAUACAUUGAAAAACCAAAGUGGCUAUUAAUAUUCUGGUAAAUACCAUCUGCUAUUAUUUAGAUAUGGAAUUUGUUACCAAUAGGGACAAUAAUUUUAAGCCUUUGUUGAUUGGUCACUCAUUGAGAGAAGACUUUCUAGAACAAGGUUCAAACACUAUAUAUAGUUUAAAUGAAUAACACAAUCCUUUUAUUAAAGAAGAAAUUAAUAAAAUAUCGAAGAGGAGUCACAAGUUAAGUUUGCUGUUUUUCUUAAAUAGAUUACUAUUUUUUUUAGAAAUAUUGCUUAUUUGUUUCACUUACUUUUUUUGCUCAUAUUAUUACAAUCCAUUAACCUUACAUAACUCUGUUACUUUAUUGGGUCAUGUGUAUAAAAUUUCACUAAUUACUGUUUAGUCAUAUAAUUACAUCAUUGAUGUAGGUUUAAUGAAUGAAAAUAAAUUGACAAGUUUAUUAAUUGUCAAUCCAACAACUAAAUUUAAUACAACAGAGUAAUUUUUAUAAUUUGUUUAAACAGAAAUCGAAGAAGAAUACCUUUUCAUUUAUAACAUUUACACAGAUUACGACUUUGUAUCCAUGGUUUAUUCUGGGUUUUAUAUUGAUGACUCGGAUGUUAGUGGUUUGGAUAUCUUCGAUUAGUAUUAACUUAAUUUAUUGUAAUUCAACUUUUCAGAAAAGGGAACGAUCGAUUUAAAUAAUACGAUUAUAUUACAUUUUAGAGACUAUAUGGUUCCUUAUGGACUACAAUUAAUGUAGGAUUCAAUUGUUUCAAGGAUAAAUGAAGCCAUACUCUAUUAAACUCAGUCUAUUGAUAACCUCAUACUGUUCAUGAUCUUCUUAUUUUCAGUUUUGAUUAUUAAUUCGAUCUUUUCAUUAGUAAUUAAAUAUUAGUUCCGAAACGAUGUAAAUACGAUAUACAAUAUUGUUGCAAAUAUACCAAAGUAGGAUAAAAUAAAGGCGAUGAUGCAACAUCAAACACUAUUUACUCAAUUAAAUGCUCUAUUUGAAGAAGAAUGUAAUACUUAUUAAUAUAAAUUAGAAUAUGGAUACAAAAAACCAUCUAUGCAUGCUUUAAACGCAGAUACAAUAAUGUAUAUAUAAAGAUAAACAUAGAUAACAAGAUUUUGAGAUUAUUGAAGUCGAGAAAGCAAACUAAAAAAGAAAUAAAGCCAAAAUUAUAAUGCUACCUAAAUAUUAAUUAAAUGUAUUAAUCUCUAACAUUUUAGACUAUUAUUGCUCUUGUAUUUUAUUUAGCUAUCAUACUUGUUUUAUUUAUAUUAGUUUAUUAUUUCAUUUGGAUGAAUCAAAUACAAACAAAGCAAAUCUUUUUGGAUAACAAUUUUUUAGUUCAAACAAACUAUUUUUGGAUCAUUACAUUGCUUAAAGAAGUAUAUAAUUAUCAAAUAAUAAGAAAUUCAUUUACGAUAACUAUUUGAAUUCCUCCUUUUAUCCAAAUAUAACAUAAUUUAGAUUCCAAGAAUUUCUUGAUGAUAUGGCAGUAACAUCCCCUCUCUUAUACUAAACAACAAUAAGUGAUAUCUAACGCAUUUUUGAUGAAACAUUAUGCGAUUUUUAUUCUUACGGUACUAAUAUCAAUUAAAUUUUUAGAUGAAUCUGCAACCUACAUCUACUAUGAAUAAUUCUGUCCAGAAAUAUUAAAUGGAGCCUUGAAAAGAGGAUUAAAGCAAUUCAAUAUACUAUUAUCAUAAGUAGUAAUAAAAGCUUUGAACCCAUAUGAUGAAAGAUAUGAUGAUUUCAAAAUAGACGACCUUGCUCAAUACCAAAUUUCAUUUCAAAUCAUUUAUGAAAUAUUUUAGAAGUCCUUUGAGAUUUGGGCUUUAGAUGCUGAGAAUUUAUUAUCAUAAACUUCAAAUUUAAGUCUAGUCUCAUUGUAAUUAUAUCUAAAUAUUUUCAGCAUCAUUCAACUUUUAGUGAUCAUUGUCCUUUACUUUAGUUUACUGGAAUAUUAUUUAUUUACUAAGCUACAAAACGAUUUCAAUUUCAGUAAAAACUACUACAGAUAUUUCAUGUUGAAUUAAACUAUGAAUUAGGUGAAGACUAUGAGAGUAGAUAUGAUAAGAACUGGGUUAUUAUCCAAAUGA